AUGGCGCGGGAGCGGCCGCCCGGCAGGGGCUGCGGGGCCCUGCGCCGGUGUCUGCUCGGCGCCGCGCUGCUGCUCGGCCUGCGGCUCUGGGCGGAGCUGCGGCGCGCCGGGCCCCGGCCGCCAGCCCGCAGCGCCCCGCCGGGCACGGCCCCCCGGCCGCCCGGGCCGCACCUGCCGCCCGCGCCCGGCCCGCCGCGCGGCGCCAGCAGGAGGCAGGUGACCUACGUGCGCAGCGGGCGCCGAGCGCCGCCGGGGGGCGGUGGGAGCGGGACGCCGGAGCCGGGCUGCUGCGCCCCGCGCGGGCGUCCCCGACGGAAGGGUCCCCGGCGGCAUAUAGAUCUCCAGCCUUGGGCAGGCCCUGCUCAGUCCCUGGAUGAAGAAGCCUUGAGAUUCCUGAGAUAUAUCAGCACCACCCAGAUUGCAUGUGAUCACAUGAGCACCGACAGCCUGGCUACCGACUCCAGCCCUGCAGAGAAGCCCUGGUCAGUCUGUCUUGAUGACAGGUUUGGCUUAGCUCAUCAAAUCCGCAACAAGCAAUGCUGUCUCUACUCUUUAGGGCUGGGAAGUGAUGAUACCCAUUUUGAGGUUCGCAUGGCCAACAAUGGAUGUGAAGUACAUCGUUUUGAUCCUAGCAUUAAGUCAGCUCAUGUUCUGGAGAGUCAGCGCCUUUGGUUUCACCGCUUGUCCAUCGACUGGCGGGACCCCCAUCCAGCUGUUGCUGCCCAAAAACUGCAUAGCAACACCAGAAAACUGAGAUCCAUUUUGAAUGAAUUUGGGCAUCACAAGAUUGAUGUUCUCAAAGCAGAUCUAGAAAGUGCAGAAUGGAAAGUUUUGGAAAAUCUUAUUCUGGAAGAUGUUCUUGAACAAAUUGGACAGCUCAUCUUUGAGAUCCAUCUCCACUGGCCCGGGUUCGAGGUCAGUGGCAGCGACAGCAGUGUUGUGCGGUUCUGGUACAGCCUCCUCAAAGAGUUAGAACUAAAGGAUUUCAGGCUUUUUCAUAGUUACAAAGAUUUAUCUAAACCUCAGCUAUUCCUGAAGAAAGACAUUUUCAAUGCAAGUAGCUCUUAUACUCUGAGUUGGGUGAAUACGAGAUGGAAAUAGGAUGCAGAACCUCAUCAAGAACUCAAGGAAAUAUUUGCAGAAUGGAGCAUGUCCAUGAUUCUAAUUAUCGGUUUACUUGUCCAGUCUCCCACUAGCCUAUUACCUGCUUGAGGCCGGGAUUGUGUUACUGCCUUUGUAGUGCAUGUAGCCUGGCGCCUGCCACAUGGAAGGGGCAGAAUUAAUGCUUGUUGGACACGGGAGUGCCACAGGAAUCCACCUCCAUGUGCCCACAACCAGGCCCUUUGCCUGUUUGCCUCUGACAGCGUGUGGAUGCUUCUCCUCCUUCAUUUUAACUUGGAAGACAAUCUCCCACUUAUCUCAGUUUUCUCUCAAAUUCAUUUUGUAUCUAUAAUCCAAGAAUUCACCAGCAUGAAAAAGAAAUUACAUACAUUUUCCAUUUUUACUGAGCUGAUGAGAUUCUUAACUUUGUAGCCUCCUGUUUAAAAAAGCGCCCUUCAUUUGACUUGUACUCACCUCUUUCAAGGUUUUUCUUGUUCACCUUGUCAAUAACAUUCUUUACAACCUUGUAGAUGUCAAUCAUUCCUCUUCAGCAGAGGCUGAGGCCAUGCUGUAGCUUUAUAGGAACCAUUAAUUUGGUUUCUGGGAACUCAGACACACCAAAUUCUGUCACUAUGUGUAAAAGCCUAGACUACCAAAAACUUAAACUCAGGAUUCUUUUCAUACUCAGCCUUGAAUCCCCUUCUGUUCCUAUGAAACUAAGCACAGAACAGAAUUUGGGUGUCUUUACUGUUGCCUUUUCUGACUUGAAACCUGAUUUCUCAACCACAGACUUGCCUAUGCUGUCAAAUCUUUUUUGUUGUUUAAUACAUUAUCACAGAGAUUGAGUUUUUCUUUACUGCCAGUUGGCAUUCGUUACACGCCUGUGACCUGAGGGCCAGAGUCUCUUUCUUUCCUGGGAUGGUUACACAGUGUUUCAGUAGUGCCAAUCCUUUUUUAUAUAUUUUUUUAAUUAAGUAAAAAAUGCAGGUUCUCAAUAGUUCAAAUGAUCUCUAUCAUUUCUAUUUACAGGAUUAUACAUUUACCCCUAUAAAUGAUUUUCAAAAAUCCUAUUUCAAAUAAAUUAAUUAAAUAGUAUAAAAAUACAUCAAAUUAUUACCUCAUUAUAAAUUAAGUAUAUUUUCUGGCAUUUUUUACACCCUGAGAGAGCGGGAAAACUAUACAUACACUGUUUGUUCAAGAAAUUUGGGGAAAGAAUUGAAUACUGAUUCCUACUAGACUUUAUUCCUUUUCUCCAUUUUUUACCUCUUUCUACCCCAGAGAUUCCCUGGGUUGGCUUUUUGUUUCUUGCUGUGGUUUGAAAAUAUGAUUCCUCACGUGAGAAACCAAAAUAUAUUAGAGUUAGAUGGUCUCAUUAACUUGGGUUCAAAAGGGAACAAGACUUUCUGAAUUAGUGGUGAUGAUUUUUUAACAUAUAAAUGAGGUUUUUAUUUUAAAACUCAUAGUACACUAAUAAAAGUCAUUGAGGUGGGUGGACCAGCUUGAAUAAGUGUGACUUGAAAUAGCAGAUCAGUUGCAUUCAAUGUCUAUAAGUAUUUCAAAAGUCAUAAGGGUCCACAAAACUCUAAAGUGGUUUAUACUGUUAGUUUGCAUGGUGUAGCCUCCAAAACGAAGUUAACAUUAGUCCAGUUCCUGUUUGGAUUAUAUCACAGAUUCUUUCUCUUUUGUUUUUUAAUAAAAAUUUUAUGCACUGAAGUAUGUAUAAUAAACCUUUUUAUACAGUAAACCUUUUAAGCUUUCUUAUACACUAAAGUAUGAAGUGUACUAAUCUGCUCAGGUUUUAGAUAUGUACACACCCAUAUCAAGAUUUUUAAUUCAUGAGAUUGAAGAUUUAUGGCAUUCCUGAAAGCCCCCUUUGUACAGGGCAAAUUACCAUUUAUUCCAGACUGGUGGUGCAGAACAUUGACUUCAUCACACUAUAUAUAUCUGAAGCAAGAAUGGGUGUACCGUCAAGAAAAAAAAAAGACAAACUCAAAAUAAAUCACAAACACACCCACCCACACCCACCUACUAGGCAGCCUGUUCAAUAGUUAUUUCUACUUAUUUUAUGCUUAUUUCUAAGACUGUCCUUCACUCCCUUCAUGGAUUGAAAUGUAUGACGAAUAUUCUGACUGUUGCUAUGGUUUCCCUGCCUCUAGAAUUUAUUAUGCUUAUUGUGUAGGCCAGGAUUUCUUAACCUCAGCACUGUUGCCAUUUUGGGCUGGAUAAUUCCCAGUUAGGGGAGGGAGGGCUGUC